UUGCUUUCUUUAUCUUUCUCUCUCCGGUGUAUAUAGGAAUUGAUCUUCAUUUCCAUGCAUCACACUCUUUAAACCAAAAAUACAAAAUCGUUCUUCUUCAAAUUCAAAAUGUCCACCAACGUAGUGAACAAUGCUCCUCCAGGCCAAACCAGCAACCAAUACAACAUUACCUUUCAUUCUCAAGUCAUUCGCACAAUCGUCACGCACACUCCUUCCGCAGUCAAAGAUUGGCUCUCAAACCUCCCCCGCAAUAGCCACAACCGCCGCUACCUUGUCGGCCUAGACGUGGAGUGGCUCCCAAACAGACAGCCCUCAAUGGAUAACCCCGUCGCUGUCCUCCAACUCUGCGUAGACAGAGAAUGCCUUGUUUUCCAAAUCAUCCACGCUCCAUCUAUUCCAGAAUCACUUGUCGCUUUUCUUGAGAACCAAGACAACACGUUUGUUGGUGUUGGUAUUGGAGAGGACGUGGAGAAGCUUCUUAGAGACUACUCGUUGCGCGUUGGAAACUUUGUUGAACUUUGCAGCCUUGCUGUUGAGAGAUUGGGUGAUCACAUGAAACGUGCUGGACUUAAAACGUUGGCUUUACAUGUUCUUGGGAAGGGUAUGGAGAAACCGAGGAAGAUUACCAUGAGUAAAUGGAAUGAUUUUAAGCUUAGUCCUCAGCAGGUUCGAUAUGCUUGUAUUGAUGCUUUUGUUUCAUUUGAGAUUGGGAGGAUUCUCUUUGCUGGUAGCUAGGGUUUGAUUGGUUGAUUUCUGGUUUGUUUAUACUUCAUUGUUCUUGUUAUUUCCCCAAUGGGGUUUCUUUUAAUUUAUA